ACUUUCAGUUCUUAAGAAAUUCAGUAUUGCACCAGCCUACUUAGUUAGUCCAGGGAAAAAAAAAGAGAAUUGGAUCAGUGACUUUCUCUGCUCAGCUAAACCUGGACAGGAACCUUGGAUCUCUGGAUUAUCUUUUGAAAUGGCUCUCCUGUUCUUUGUCUUGGUCUUAAGUUUUAUCCAGGCUGAAUUUGAAAGCGUUUCAGCCUCAAAUAUCCUUUUUGGGCCAAAACAGAUAACAGGAUUGGUUGACGGUUCCGUGAGUAUCAAAUGCUUCUAUCCUCCCACUAGUGUGAAUAUUCAUUCCAGGAAGUACUGGUGCAAGGAAUCAACAAGACGUUGUUAUACCAUUAUUUCAUCUAAUGGUUUUGUUCUCAAAGAUUACAAAGACAGAGCCUCCAUAACUGACUUUCCAGAAAAUGGCAUGUUCAUCAUAGAAAUAUCAGACCUGAAGUACAAAGACAUGGGUCUAUACAGAUGUGGCGUAGGUUUAAAUAACUUUGACUAUGAACGUGGAUUGUCCUUUAAUGUCAAGCUAGAGAUUACUCAAGAUCCUGUACUACCUGAGGAAGCUCAACUUUAUUAUGCUGAGCAGCAAAAAACAGUGAUCAUGACCUGCGACUUUGGUGUUCAGUAUGCAAGUUACAGGAAGUAUCUGUGCAAGAUGGCAAAGACCAACUGUUACAAUGUGAUUGAUACAUAUGGAAAUGGGGGACCAUCCUACUUAGGAAGAGUUCUGCUGACCAAUCUUGCUACACCUGGAUCUUUCAGUGUCAUUAUGAGUCAGUUAAAGAAAGAAGAUUCAGGUUUAUAUCUUUGUGGAGUAGGGAAUUAUGGAACAGAAGGAGAAUCCAAACAACUAGAUCUACAUGUCUAUGAAAGUGGAUUGGCACCUAAUCAACAGUCAGUGGUAAAUGGAGUCCAGGGUGGUUCUGUGACUGUUGUAUGUCAUUAUGAUCCAAAAGAGAAUGAUACAUUGAAAUAUUGGUGCAAGUGGAAAAAACAUGGAUGUACUGAAUUAAUAAGCAGUUAUGGAUAUAUUCAGGAUUCCUAUGAGGGGAGAAUUGUGAUGCAUGACGAUCCAGAAAAUGGCACAUUCACUAUCAUACUGAACCAACUGCAGACGGAUGACAUAGGUUACUACUGGUGUAUGACUGAUGGAAAAAUGGAAAGGAAGUCCUCAGUAGAGGUGAAGAUUGUAGAAGGGCAACCUACAUUACUAACAAAGAAAGAAGUCCAAACUAUUGCUGGCUCCCCUCUAAGCAUAUCAUGUUCUUAUCCAUGCAAAUAUUCUACAUACGAGAAAUAUUGGUGCAAAUGGAAUAACACUGAAUGUAAACCUCUCAUCUCAUCUGAACAAAACCAGACCGGCUUGGUAGUUAGUUGUGACAAAGAUAGUGGAAUUUUAUCUUUGAAUUUUGACCAGGUGACACCCAUAGACCAAGGAUGGUAUUGGUGUGGUGUCAAACGUGGGCAGCAAUAUGGAGAAACAAUUGCCUUGCAUCUGCAAGUACAAGGAGUACUUCUAAACUUUGAAGAAGCACCCAAAAUCAAUGAAGAUCUCAAUGGGAUUGCCGUUCCUGGAGUAAAUCCUGUUAAUAGGAAUUCUCCUUUAGACAAAGCCAAUCAGGCAGCUGAAAGUGAAACUUCAUCAGGCAGCCAAACUGAAAAUAAGAACUCUGUUAUUCUUCUUGCCACUUUGAUCCCCUUUGGAAUUGUGUUUCUGCUUCUCAUCACAGUCUUUACCAUAAAGAAGUUCAGAUUAUUUGGGAAUUCUGAUCUUGUAUCCGUUGGAAGCUACAGGACAAAUAUCAGCAUGACAGAGUUUGAGAAUGUGAGACAGUAUGGGGCAAAGGAGAAUGUAAACGUGGGAGAGUUUCAUGAGACCCAAAUGGGAAAGAAGGAUGAGUAUUCAAGUACUUCUGGCAGUCCUAAGGAAGAUGGAAAAUCAAAGAAAACAAAGAGGGGCUCUAAAGAGGAAGCUGAAAUGGCUUACACGACAUUCCUGCUUCAGUCAGACAACAUUGCUUCUAAAGUAUCCUCCUCAGACCAACCAGCUGAAUAGUCUCAUUUGGGACAGCUCUGAAGAUCAGUGAAAACUAAUUAUACCUUAAUGAUUGAAGAGAAAUCAUGACUGGAAUCAACAAACACAUUCUUAUACUCAUUUUGAUAAUUUCCCAGAUUGUUUCAGUUUCAUCACAGCUUAUCCAAUUAUGCACUUCUGAGUCUGAUAUACUGGUUUAAGAGCUAAACAGCUUUAUUCAAGUUGAACCAUAAACUUCUUAAUCUUAUAAACAUAACCAACUGUGUUUUGAAAUGAUGUUCAGAAAUUUUGCAUAUGUGAUUUGGUUGUCUUCCUAUAAAAGGCAGAAAUUCUACAGAUCCUAAUGGCAGUGCAUUUUCAUAAAAUACUGGGUUACUCAAUAAAGGGGCAUGGAAGGAUUUUUUUUUCCCCAUUAGACUAACCCAAGUUUAAGCAUAUUGUAUUCUCUCUGGAGAACUCAGGGAACAUGCAACACAUUAUUUUUUUUUUCAUUUUGACAAACUUGUUCUGAUGUCUUUAAGCUGAGCAUUAAUGGCUAGUCUAAGUACAUUUCAGGACUGGCCACGGAUUUUCACUUCCUGACCCUAGCUCUGGUGCACCCUGGACCUUCAUCUGGGAGAAAGAAAGAUAAUGAAAGCAACGGCUCUGGGGUCCACAUAAGAAGGGGGCCCCAAUCUAAAGCGUUUGUCUUCUGAUUCAAGGCAAUGAAAUUGAUCAACUAAAAUUUAAUCCCAAAUUAGUUACAUAUUUUGGGUUUCACAAUAUAUAUUUCUUUUUUUUUAACCAUUGAUAACAAUAAUCACAGCAACAAUUACACCUAUAAUACAAUAAGAAUAUGGUUAUAUAGGGGUAUCCAAUGAAUGCCCUCUCCUUGGGCCUUUUACAAUUUUACAAAGACUCUGGUUACAAUACACUUAGAAACUCCAUUGAUACCAAAUGUUAGAAUGCUUUAAAUGUAAAUAUAUUUAAGAAUAGGAUAACCCAGAAAAAACUCUGAGCAGCAGACAGAGUUAAAUUUCUUACUUUAAACUAAAUCUCUAGAAUUGAAUAAAUUAAACAUUGUGCACUCACUGCUACAUCUGAAAAACAGAAAAAGCCCAAGCACAAAAAUGCAAUAAGAAUAAAUUUUAAAAUAUUUUUGUUUGUGUGUUUAAUAGCCUGAGUGUUUCCAUGAUAAUUGCAGGAUGUCAGCUGUGUAGUCUGCAGACCCUCCACUGUUUUGCAACCAUCCCCAUCAGCCAAGUGGCUUAAUAAAUUAUUAACUGAGUGUACAAAAAUGUUCUGCGUUCACUACAGUGCGGGAGUUAAUCUGAUUAAAACCAUGUAAAAUCACCAUCCUACAAUACACAAAUAUUUUAAAGUCAAUACUGAAGGCAAACGCAUUUGAUGCUGAUUAGCAUCCCUGAGUUCUAAAUGAUCCUCUGCUGAGUUUAGCUAUUGAUCUGCUUUUGAAAAAUAUAUUUUUUAAAAAUUAACCAUCUUUUGUAAUGCUAAUGAUUUUAUCUGAUCAUUAUGGAAUCAAUGAUUUGAAGACACAUAUAAUGUUUAUUAUGGUAUGUUUCAUGAAUAAAUAUUUGAUUAAGAA